AUGUCGACUUGCCAGAGGAUGCUUUCCCAACAGUUCAGCGUCACGGCUCCCAUGCCGCACAGUUCCAAAAAACCGAGUAAUCCUGGCUCCGGCCUGGAGAGGCGACCGAGCGCGCCCACCAGCGCCGUCGCUGUCACCGUUGCCAGCUCUGCUGCUGCUGGUGCUGACGAGGCUGAGGAUGUACUUCCCCAGCUGAGCACCACAACGGACGACACCCCUCCAGGACCGGGGCCCCCCCAGAAGAAGACGGUGAUUGUGGUUGGUGCCGGGAUUGCCGGCCUGCGUGCAGCCUUGGUCCUGCGUCGCCACGGCCUCGAUGUCGUCGUGCUCGAGGCCCGCGACCGCAUCGGCGGCCGCAUCUGCGCCAGCCGAGAGCCCGGCAAGAGUCGUGACCUCGGCGCAGCCUGGAUGCACGAGACGUCGCAGAACCGGCUCGUCCGGCUGGUCUCGCGACUGGGCGUGCAGUACUACUUUGACGACGGUGCGCCGCUCUAUUACACCCGCAGUGGUCGGGCCGGCGCCCAGUUCAAGGCCAAGAAGGUCGCCGACGAGUUUGCCGACUAUUGCGAGUGGCGCUACAAAAACGACGCUGCUGCCGCCGACCAAAGCGUCGACGAUGCCGUCCACGCCUUUGUCGACCGCCACGAGCUCAUCACCGACGACGAGCGCCUCUGGGCCCCGCAGGCUACCCGCGAGGUCGAGCUCUGGAUCGGCACCAGCACCAGAUUGGCCUCGGCCAAGCACCUCAGCUACUUUGUCACCGAGCGGAACCUGUACGUCCUGCAGGGUGACUACCAGAAGAUUGUCGCCUGGACUGCUGCUACCGUCCUCGAUGCCAUCCGUCUGCGCCACCAUGUCCGAAAGGUCGAGUGGUCCGAGGAUGGCCUGGUCGGACGGCCGUCGACCGUAGUAACUGUUGACGAUCCCGAUGACCAGUCGCUGCGCCUCGUUGCUGAUGCCGUCGUCAUGACUGCUCCUCUCGGCGUGCUGCGGCGCCCCGAACUGCUGUCCUUCUCACCGGUCCUGCCGCCGGACAUCCGCACCGGCAUCGAUCGCUCCGGCUACGGUGCCCUCGGAAAGGUCUUUUUCGAGUUUGCCGACGUCUUCUGGAGCAAGGACCAUGACCAGUUCAUGUACUAUCCCGAGCCGUCAGCUGCAGCCAGUGACGAUGACGACGACGACGACGAAGAUGAGAAAGAGAACGCUCUGCUGUCGUCGUCGUCGCCGUCCUCCUCGUCGGCCUCGCUGUCGUCUUCGUCCUCGACCUCGUUCUCGUCGGCUUCCUCGGUCCCCGACAAUAUCCUUGCCCAUCCCACCGUCACGGUCAAUACCUGGCUCAUGUCGGGCAGCAGGGAGCUCUGCGUGCAGAUUGCGGAGCCGCUCACGCAGCGCGUCGAGGCCAUGGCCUCCGACGAGGAGGUCUACGCCUUCUUCAAACCACUCUUCAAGCUGCUUCGAACCGAGCCCUACAAGGCCCUUCCGCGGCUUGUCAGCAUCGAGCGAACCCAGUGGACGCUCGACCCGCUCGCCGGCUUCGGCUCCUACUCGGCCGCCAAGGUUGGCGAUGAGCCCGGCCUCCUCGUUGAUGCCCUCGUCGCCCACAAGCACAGCCGCCUCCAGUUUGCCGGCGAGCACUGCACCCUUGUCGCCAACGGCUGUGUCCACGGCGCUUUCGCCACCGGCGAGACCGCUGCCACCAACCUGCUCGACACCUUUGGCAUCCCGUACGAUGGCGGCGACCAGGUCAGCCUCCCCAUCAAGACCGAGUAG